CCACCUGGACACAAUCCUGUGCCAUGUGUUCUGGGAUGACCCUGCUUGAGCAGGGAGGUUGGACCAGAUGACCCACUGUGGUUCCUCCCAACCUGACACAUUCCAUGAGCCUGUGGUUCUGUGAAGUGCAGUGGGGGAGCAGCAGGACAACAAGUCAGAAAUCCUCUGUACAGACAGUUGGUGAAGAACAAAUACAGAAUCCUUACACGGAGCUCCUUGUGUUGAAAGGUCAUCAAGAUAUAGUACGAUUUCUAGUGCAAAUAGAUGACUGCAGGUUUGCAUCUGCAGGAGAUGAUGGAAUCGUAUGUCUGUGGAAUGCUCAGACUGGAGAAAAACUUUUUGAACUUCAUGGACACACACACAAAAUUACAGCUAUAGCACCAUUUUCUUCGUCAGAUUCUUUUGAAGAAAGAAAACAUUUGAUUAUAACAGCCUCAGCUGAUAGAACAGUUAUUGUUUGGGACUGCACUAGUGGCAGACAGGUUCAGAAAGUGUCAUGUUUCCAUUCUACUGUAAAGUGUUUGACAGUUCUUCAAAGACUGGAUGUAUGGUUGUCUGGAGGGAGUGAUCUAUGUGUUUGGAACCGAAAAUUAGAUCUCUUGUGUAAGACCAGUCAUCUUACUGAUGCAGGUAUCAGUGCUUUGGUUGAAUUGCCCAAAAAUUGUGUUGCAGCAGCUGUUGGCAAACAGCUAAUAAUUUUUAGGUUGAGUGAUUCUAACAAUGAAUCUGAAGGUUGGAAUGUCUUUGAAGUAAAGCGCCUUGUUGACCAUCAGGAUAACAUUUUGUCAUUAGUCAGCGUCAAUGACUUGACUUUUGUGACAGGUUCUCACGUAGGUGAGCUAAUAGUUUGGGAUGCGCUUGACUGGACAAAGCAGGCAUCUGAGUGCAACUUCUGGGACUCCUCUGUCCAUCCAGAUAUACAGCCAGAAAUAAAGUUAUCCCAAAGCCCAAAUGAAACUUCAGUUCAACACCUAACAUCUGAUGAGGAGUGUGUGUUUGCUGCUGUUGGGAAAGGCAUAUACGUAUAUAAUCUUCAAAUGAAGCGUGUGAUUGCCUGCCAGAGAACUGCUCAUGACUCCUCUGUGCUGCACAUCGAGAAGCUUCCAAACAGGCAGCUGAUCUCCUGCUCAGAAGAUGGCAGUGUGCGCAUUUGGGAACUCAGAGAAAAGCAGCAGUUGCCAGCUGAACCAGUUCCAACAGGGUUUUUCAACAUGUGGGGCUUUGGAAGGGCAAACAAGCAGGCAAACCAAGCUGCCAAGAAGAUGCAAGAGAAUACACCUAUGUAUUUCUUGGAGCUGGUUGGCGAUUUGAUUGGUCAUUCAUCAGCUGUGCAGAUGUUCCUGUACUUUGGUGAACUGGGACUGGCUACAUGCUCUGCUGACCACCUCAUUAUUUUGUGGAAGGAUGGCGAACGAGAAUCUAGCCUCCGCAGUUUAACAUUAUUUCAAAAAUUGGCACAAAAUGGUGAUUUGCAGCUCAAACUUUAAAUUGCUUGAAUACAGGCUACAUGUAUGUAAAGUGGAUGCGUGUUAAACGUGAAUGUGAGGCUGAGCUACUGGGAAUCGGACUACCAGUAAUGCUUACACUUGAUGUCAUGUAUUAUAUUGGAGAUUUUAUUAGUUGCUAUUAUUCUUCUCAAAGGAGAAUUUUGCAUGUUGGCUUACUCUGUCAGCAGAAAUGGUGUUCUCUUGAAAGACUGAAGAUAAUGAUGACUCAUUAAAUGGUUUCUAAUGUUGUUCCCACAUGGGUAGAUGUCAAGAUUUGUGAAAAUCCUCAGGUGGAUCAUAACUAAAACAGUUGGGGGUAUCCACAGUGCUGCGUGCAGAAAGGAGGCAUGGCAAAAAAUGUGCAGCAUAAACACUAAAACACAGUAACAAAAAGACAAAAGCCAAAAACCCACAAACCAACUCAAAGCAAACAAACCAACAAAAAAAGCAAAGUUGAACCCAGAACUGAUAAAAAGAAAGGGUGAGGGUGAAUGAGCUAAUGAGUGGUAGGUUACCAUUUGAACAAGAAGAGCUAGGGAAAGGGAGAAUUUGGGAACUUAGUGGGUGCUGUUCUCCUCAGGUCUACUCAGAAGGUCCAGUACUUAAUGGUUCUUGAAACACAACUAAGUGUUGUGCAACUUUUGAGUCCCACAUCUUCCCUUUGAAUCCAUGAGAAUUGGUUUUAGUACUGGAGACUACAAGGCUGUAAUUCCAUACUUAAGAUACACUGGUUGCAGUAAGUGCAAUUAAAACAAAGGGCUAAGCAGAUCCUGGCAAGAACAGGAGCAGAAGGAGGAAGCUCCUAGUUUCCUAGAAGAAACCAGGGAGCCUUUAGACCUGCUUUCCUCCAGUGACUGUGGGCACUUGCCUUCCUCCUACUACCUAGAAGCCAAGCUUUGCCUCUUGAGUCUGACCAUAGUCUCUGGAAGGCUGGGCAGAGGGAUACUAAGAUUUUGAGCUGUAUUUUUUUCCUACCUUAGUCAACUUGUAUAGGUUUUCUUAUUUUGAGUAGAGAGUUCAAAAUAGCUUAUUUCAAAACUACAAAACAGAUGGAGAAAUUGUUAAACUACCUUCUUCUUUCAAUUCAGGAAGGUUAAAUUAGUGUUAAAACUUGAGCUCCAUGUUCUUUGCUCAGCUUGGCUCUUCUUUUGACCAGCUUAGGAAAGGCAUUUGGAUUACAUCUGAGGAUAACAUACUUCUGGGUUUAUGGUAUUAAACUGGACAGAGAAAUGCAUGUUAAGUCUGCAUCAUUUCAGCUUGUCUUCAUCAGCAAAUGUUGCAUUUUUGGCUUCCCCAACUCAAACUGGGGAGAUGAAGUUUUUCUUUGGCUCUUUUUCUUGUUUCAAUUGACAACUGUUUAGUUGUUUAUAAAGGGUGUCUACACAUUGUUACUAAACCUUUAGAGGGAAAGCUUAUAAAAAUUAGAUUAUUUGGAGAGAAUACUGCUAUCGUCAGUUAUAGAUAGAGAGAAGAAAGCUCAUAUUUUUUUAUCUCUUCUUACACCAUGAGAACAACCAUUUCCUUUUUAUGUGACUGCUUUAAGUGAAUAACUGGUAGAAAAACAGACCUAUUUAACUAAACAGUUCUGGUCACAAAACUCCGUGUGCAAUUUACAGGGAUGUAAUUCAUCCUUAAAUAGUCAUACAUGCAUGUAUAAAUAUUUAUAUCUAUCAAAAGUGCCAUUGUUCUCAGAUACAUUCCAGUGGCAAUAGAUCUUCCAAGGGUCUCUUCCUUUAAAGAUGGUUGAAUUGAAAGUAUUAAAUUGAGUUCUUUGUUUUAGAAAUAAACUUCGAACAUAACAGUGAACAUAGUAAGACUAUAUUAUCCCAUUCAUCUGUUAAAUGAGAAUUUGUCACUUGCUGUUGGGAGGUGCAGUGAGCAGAAUUAUGGUGACCAUAUGAGAAUUUUUAGUUCUUACUUAUGUCCUUUUAAAUUUUUUUUGCACCUUGCGGUAACACAGAAUUCCGUAUGUUCACACCAUAAAAGCAAAUAUCUUUAUCUGACCUACUCCUAAUACUUCUACAACUCUGAGGUGACUGUUUUACACAUCUGUGCACUGACAAUAGCAUGAAACAAGCAGCUGUUAGUCACUGGACUAGUCUAGGAGAUCUCACGCAACUGGCAGAUGACAAUUAAUCUGUGCUGAUUUAUUUUGCUCCUGAAGAGGACCUAUCUCCACAGAGAUUGCUCUUUUUUUACUUAGUCUGACUGUGGGAGGAAAUACGUGAUCUUGCAACAAAUAUAUUGAUUCCACAUUAA